AUGCCUCGAUUUCAUAUCGAUGAAGUGUGCCCCAAAGGUGACGUCUACCCGAUGAUCGUCUACUUCCAAAAUGGUUACAUAAACGACAAAUUUAAAUCAAAUGAAUGUGUUCUGUACGAGAACGAAGAUGAUAAAAGAAAAUGUAUAGCGACCGAAAUAAACAAAAUGAUAUAUUCAGGCGAAGAAGAGAAAGAAGAUUUAGGGAAAACUUUGAUACUUGCUCGCAAUAAAAGAACCGGGAAAGUGCGACUGAUAGAAGUUGGCAAUGUCGAGCUGAAACCAGUCAUCAAGUCCAACUUAGACGCUACUGAAGUGACUGAAACGAGUUAUUUGGAACUCAGCAGAAAGUUUGGAUCCAAAAAACAUAAACAGAUAAUGGAACAUCGGGAGAAAUUGAAAAUUAAUGUGUCCACGGUCACUGAACAAAUGCAGAAUGUCACCGAUAGUGUUACAGAAGACCAACUGGAUAUUUCUUCAUACAACAGACAAGAUUCUGACGAAUUCUACAUACCCCCUAUUAACAGAGAGGCUUCUAAAGUUGAUGAAGUGUAUGAUAUAGACACGUUGCUAACGGAGGAGCAAUAUGAUAAGAUAUCUGCGGAAAUUGAGGGUUCUGAUUACAUGAAGGACUUAAAUCCAUUCCUGAAGUCUAUAGCAAUAAAAUCUUUAUCUGAAAAGCAUACGGUACUUCUCGUAUAUGCAAAUGCGUUGCUACAGUUAUUUGCAACGUUAAUGAAAGAUAUUGGGCGAAAGAAUUUUGUUGCAUGUCCCUACUCUGUUACAUUGAACGAUAUAAUCCUGAAGAACUUCCUGAGUAAUGUGAACGGUAAACGUGGUAGGUCACCGCAGUUCAAAGACAAGUCACUGUGUCACGCAUUGGUUUUUAUUUUACUUAUAAAUAAUUAUAAGUUUGAUUUUGAUGAAUUAUGCCAACAGCUAAAGUUAACCCCGAGAACUGUUACUUCUAAAGUUGCCUUAACCGGUGCUACCUUAGUAAACACUGGUAGUAAAAAGGUGGCACAGUUGAAAUUACCUUUAAACAAACCAGCUUUAAGAAGAAAAAGUACUAAAUAA